AUGCAGAAGGCGUUCGAUGUCGUGAACAGGCCGUUUGUGCUAGAGUGCAUUGAUGCAAUCGAGCUGCCGCCUGACUUGUCUGUGGCCCUGAAAACCUCGGUUAUGAAUGGAACGUACACGAUUCAACACAAAGGGGAGACAGGAACCGUUGCAGCCCGCAGAGGCAUCAAGCAGGGAGCCAAAGACUCCCCUUUGAUCUGGAACAUCGUGAUGUUGGGGGUGCUUCGGCGCCUCGAGGCCAAGCAUGGGCGGGAUUGGAUUGCUAAGCAUUUAACGAUAUUUGCUGAUGACAUUCACGGGGGAUGGACGUUCACCAAUGAAAACGAAGCUGGCAAAGCUAUUGGUGAUAUCGGGGUCCUGCUUACAACGCUGGAGGAAAUGAAAUUCCGAAUCAACUACAACAAGUCGGUCGCGAUGAUGGCUAUCGCAGGUGCGAGGGCCACACAAUUUCAAUCCAAGUAUGUUCAUCGUUACAAGGAAGGACCUUUUCUUCGCUGUGUGGUCUCAACCGCAGAUGUGAAGUUUCUACCUAUGGUGAGCAAAACGGGCUAUCUGGGGGCGAGCAUCAGCUAUCACCGAUUUGAGCGUGACACCAUAGAUAGACGAGUCCAAGCUGCACAGACGGCGUUUGCUAGGCUCAAGAAGGUACUGUGCGACAGAGUUCACCAUCGAUUGGCGGACCGACUUCGGUUAUACAACACAUGUGUAUGGUCUACUCUUACUUAUGGGGUCCUCGAGGUUGGGGUCGACUCUUAUGGCUUAGGUCGUAUCCAUCGUCUCGUGGCCAAGCACUUUCGAAUCAUGGUUCGAACUCGUGACCAUGAACACCAUGAAACCACUAGAGACCUCUUCGGCAGACUUGACCAGCCUCUUCCAUGGCAACAUCUUGCGACCAUGUUGGCGGCGAAGCGUAAGAAACAGGAGUCUAAUCGACGUCACAUUCCAGCGCGAGACAUCACUCGGUGGCUGGAUCUUCCUUCCAGUCCAGCACUUAUUGACAGUGCCACCGCUGAGAAGAUCACGGGAACACAAGAAGAGAAAUGCACUGUGGAGCCGACGCUAUCUUGCCCAGACUGCAAGUUUACAUGCCGCAGCGCUGCAGCACUUAAAACACAUCAGCGCAAUGAGCAUCCGGAUCGAGCCUCGAAGUCUUCUACCAUUGUCUUCGAACCACUUCGUGAUUCCUUUCAGGGCACAGCAGAGUCCAGGCAUUGCGGCUUGAAGUUGCGGCACAAAACCAACUUGGUUCAGCAUAUCGUCGGCGGUGCAUGUGCUAAGUUCGAUGAGGAUGCAGGCUUUGCCAUUCAACCACUGUGGACCCGGACCGACUUCGAGUCUUCACUGGCUCAGGGGGGGCUGUUAAGUAAAUCGACUCAUGUGUGCAAUGUGGUGCUACAUGCUGCUGCUCUCGAGUUUGUCUUCAAGUCCCAGCCGUCCAGUACAGCCGUUGAGGCGAAGCUCCGAGAUCACCUGCGUCACAAGCCGCCCAAGUACAGACCUCAGCCUGCACAUCGACGGCAAGUAAAGAUGACUGCGGCCAGCUUCUUCCAGGAUCAGAGCUUCCCCGACCAGUGGAUGGAGGGCGAAGAUCAACCACACCUGGAGCUGAUGGAGACCAUGGCGCCUUUCAUGACGGGUCACACGAUGGGCCCGAUGAACAUGGCAGACGGUUUUCAUUCCCUCUUCCAGACUCCCACGCCGAAACGACAGGGAAUGAUGAGAGGUCAGCAUUCACAGAAGCGACAGCGCGGAUCACAAGGUCAUGCGCAGCAGGUGAGGGGCCCCGGUCCCGGUCUAGGACCCCAAGGCGUGUCGCUCCCGGCUCUGAUACGGAUGAUGGCAAUCCAGCUACAGCGCCAGGAAGAGGCAUUGCGAGUACUGGCGCAAAGCACCGAAAUGAUGUUGUUCAUGCAGGCAGGGCCAGGCUCUUAUCUGCCCAACCUUCUGCAGUUGAGCCAGACGUGGCAUCAGCAACAGGCGGCGAAGCAGGUGGACAAGCCAUUGCGUCAACACAUGUCGGUGGCUCUUUGGACGGAGCUCGGAGCACGGGUCACGAAGGCCCGAGAGCAAAUAGCCCAGGAGCUGGGGCAGGGUCUGAUGGCAAAAAAGAUCCUCAAUGCGGAAGGGUCUUGGGCAUACAUGGCGUGGGACCAGGCGACGAAAAGUCUGGUUCCCACGACGCGAGAGCCCAUCAAGAUGACGGACAUGCACCAGCUGCUGAAGGUGAUCAUCGAGCACCUCAACAUGCCUGGAAUGGUCACGCGCUUCAAAGCACACAAGGCGCUAAAAACAGUGAACAUGCAAGCGGCGGCCUGUGUAGUCCCGUGGCAGCUGGAUAUCUCCUUGCGCCACCCUCAAAGCUCGCGCUUGUGGACGAGUCUCGUGACACUUCAGGGGAAUGGAGUGCUACAACUUCUCAACACACAGAUGCGAGCGGCCACCCUUCGGCGGUCCAAAUUGUGCGAUCAGAUUGCCCAGCAGGUGUUCAAGAAGAAUGGUUACCUCAAACAUCUCCCCCCGGUCGAUUCCCUUAUGAAAGACUGGUUCACCGAGCAUAGCGAUCAACGACAGCAUGAUGCCGCCGAGUUCUACCAUUGGUGUAUGCAGACUAGUCAGUUUCAACAGCAUUCGGGGUAUUGGUGGCGAUUUGAAAAACAUGCUUCGCUGCUAAAUGUGUGCAUCCCGCUCUUGCUGCAGCACGGCGCUUUGAGUCUGCAGUCGUCUAUUUCGCAAUGGCACAGGAGUUCUGACGUGGUACAUGUUAUGUGCUCCCAGGCCCAGUUCGUGUGCAUGCAAAUCGGAGACCGACUUCGAGCAGAACAGCCGCAAUGGCCUGAGAUACUUGAUCCGGAUUUUCGCUUGACUCUGCCUCACCUUGUGGAUGACGCUGGAGUUCCAUCAGAUGAUAACGUGGAGUGGCGAGCAUACCAGGCGAUGCUCUUCAGCUCAUCGGGCGUCUACUUGUGCGAUGAUGGCCGGAGUGCCAAGCUGCUCAACGAUGGCGUCCCCCAGUCAUGGACAUGUGAGGCAGAUGAUGCGAUUGCUGCGGUGGCGGUGCCGAGCUUUGUUUGUGUUAGCAGCAAAGAAAAAAAGCGCCAGGGGUAUGCCUGGCAAACGCAAACGAGGAGCGAUCCGAGCGAUCCCGAUCCCCGCGAGGGGCCAUGCGCAGCCUACGAUUUCAACAUGGACUUGGAAGGGUCGCGUGGCUGUCUUCUGUUUUUCAUUCUGGAAAACAGCUCACAUUUGGCUGAUGCCAACCAUGCUGAGUUUCUGAAUGAGAUGCUCUUGAGACUUGAAGUGUCACUGCCAUAUUUUUUGGUAGACACCGUGAAAAAGGAUGCUGCGGAGUUUCUGCCAGUCAAGAGAGGUCGUUUUUUCAUCAGAGGGCUAAGGAGAGACUGCCUGCCAGACCCCAUGCAGGCGUUCCUCCCUGCCCCCCUGUGCUGCACGGAUCUGCUCCCGGCAGUCACAGUGGAAGAGAUUUUGGAUCUGAGCUUGGCUGCGACCGAUGUGCAGAGUUUGUGUGCAGGGCACGCUGCUAACCUCGCAUUGUACAAGCAGACCAUAUCUCAGUGCAUCGAAGAGCAUCGUGCCCAAGGCAAGCCGCUGCCCUCGAACACGGUUGUUGUGGAGCUCGACCGAAACCCCUUGAGAAGUUUCGGCGGGAAGUGGGGUUGGGGCAAGAUCCCAUCACUGAGGACUACGGGGCCACCUUUGUUUCUUCUGAGUUGCGAGGACUUGUCGAGGCCAUGGCAGGUCAUGCGACUGCACAGGUGGCUCAGCAUCGCUGAGCGGUACAGCGCUCUGGGGCAGCGUGCAAGCCACGCGGCCUUGUUCUCGAGAGACACCCAUGCCCUGCAUGCGAUCGGGAACGCUCUCUCGCCAGUGCAGCUGGCCGCUGUUGCCUCGCCGCUCGUGGAGGCAGCGGUCAACUCUGGCGUGCUCACUGCAGGCAACCGUUGCAAAGCCUGCGCAGUGGAGCUUCUGCCGCACACGAAGCCACCGGGUACAUCAGCCAACAGGGUUCGAAAGCCAAGGGCUCCAACUGAAGAGGAAGCUCCAAAGACUCUGCCUCGUGACACCAGCGCAAAGCCAGAGGCUUCAGCUGAAGAGGAAGCCCCAAAGACUCUGCCUCGUGACACCAGCACAAAGCCAGAGGCUUCAGCUGAAGAGGAAGCCCCAAAGACUCUGCCUCGUGACCGUGACACCAGCACAAAGCCGGGGGCUUCAGCUGAAGAGGAAGCCCCAAAGACUCUGCCUCGUGACACCAGCACAAAGCCGGAGGCUUCAGCUGAAGAGGAAGCCCCAAAGACUCUGCCUCGUGACACCAGCACAGCUGGUUUAGAUGGCACCCAGGACUUACCACGUCACCAGCCAGAAGGCAGCACCCAGGACUUACCACGUCACCAGCCAGAAGGCAGAACCCAGGACUUACCACGUCACCAGUCCGAUGACUUGGAGCUAGAGCUUGAGCGACUGGUUGACGAGCUUUUUUCGGAUGAUGAUCCGGGCAUGGACGUUGAUGAUGCUGCGCCACAGAGGCCACUCGUCCUGAGUGAGAAAGCAACACACCUCUUCGAGUGUUUGGCUAAAGCCAAAGCUUCAUCCAAAAACUGGCUCUCGCCAGCAAGCAAGAGCUCCAAGAACGAGAUGCCUCAGAGCAUCAUGUGCAUCAGGUGUGAGGAAGAGACAAGCAUCUUGACGAGCUACCCAACUGGAAGGAACUGCUUGAGGCGGAUCUGCUCCUGCUGUUCGUCCACAGACCGGUGCCUCUCUCGGAUGGCUAAAGCACCGAAGAAGGGCUCUGCCGAAGAAGCCAAAGAAAGCGAGGAGGCCAAGAAAGCUCGAAAAAGCGCUGAGGCCCUGAGGGGAAGCGUGGCCAAGAUGGGUUCCUCGGAGCGUGCCCAGUGGUACCGCCAAGAGAAACGGAAGCGGGCAACCGAGUCAAAGAAAAGCCGCAGGACCUUCGCAACGGCAGUGGGGGCCUUGGAAGAGACUCGCCAGACUGGGAACGGAGAUUGCAGCGGCUCACGAUACAUGACCCCCCGCGACUGGUGCGCACGGGAAAUGAUCCUGAAGCAGUACAGUACCUUGGAGGAUGCUAUGGCAGCCUACGAGCAGCCCUGCACAGAUCCGGACGUUGUGACCAAGGAGAUCAACGGGGAACUCUGCCUCCGGGUCAACAACGGAGGUCUGGAAAAUGUCGUGGACCGCCAUACCGUUGCAGCAUCCGUGCGGCAGCGGACUGACCUUGGCGAUGGCGAGCAGCUUGAUGGUUUCGAAGAGGAAAUCGGACCUCGCAUGAAACGUGCUUCUGACAAGCUCCAAACAGAGCGGCUUCUGUCAGAGCAGCAGGUCAAGCAGGCCUACGUUCCGGCCGUCGCGGUGCGACGAGAUUUGGAGCAAGAGAAGGAAGUUGCUGAGAACAGAGCUGCUGAAUUUCAGCAGCAAGCCUUGGCACUCAAGGAGAAAGCUGAUCAAAAGAGGAAAGAGUUGAAGGAGAAGCAAGCAACCCAGCUUCCCUCCUUGGCAGUGGCAAAGCUCAGCCUCACCAACGCUAUCCACAAGGCAAAUGCUUCGAUGUCCGAGCUGUUGAAGCGUCAGAAGGCCACAGCAGACACCUUGUGCAAGGACUUGACGAAUGCUUUGUGCAUGUCAGACGUCCCCGUGAAGAGAGAAGCCGAGGAAAAGACGAAAGUGCUGAAUGGCAAGAUCAAGGACCUGGAGACUGCCAUGGAGGAGUCCAUCGCAGAAUGGAACACCAAGGCUGGUGACGAAUGCCUUGACAUCGAAGCCAUGGUGUCAAUGGAGAAGGAUCUGGCAGCCUACAUGAAGGAGUGGCACCUUGGCAAGCACUGCCAGGCAGUGUUGGACACGAAGCAGCAGAUUAAAAACUUCCGCGAAUUCACCUCAGACUGCAAGAAGGAGGUGAAGAAGCGGGACAAGCUGGCCGCGAAGGCGACAGUGAGGGGUUCGAACAAGAAGGCCAAGCUUGAUCAUCCGAACAGCCAGGCAGCUGCCGAGACCCCCGCCUUGGUGGUCAAUCUGUUGAAGCACCUCAAGGAGAACCCGCUUCCCGAUGAAAUCAUCAACUGCGCAACGGAGCCAGAGGAUGAGAUGACAGUGCCCCUUCUGCUCCCCCCAACGCCGAUGGAAGGCUUUACCCGGGAUGUGACCCGGCACGAGUAUUACAGCGAGCAAAAGAAGGGGGUGGAGCAGAUGCUGCUGAGGAGCAGCCAGAAGUAUUCGUGUGCGGUGGUCACCAGAGACAAUGUGGCCAGGCCCUUCUUGCAGCAGCUGGACCAGAUCCUGCCGGUGCCACUGCGUUCCGUGGCACGACCCUCGAGCAAGGAGCUGCAAGAGAGCUGGCAGUUGUACUUUUACCAGAUGGCCGGGGACUCCGGCCGCCUCUCGAUGUCCACUGACUGGGGCUUGCCCGAAUUGCGCAUCUGCUGCGAAGGCAAGGAGAUCUACUUGGGGUUCCCCGUGAAGAAGCUAGCCGGCAACACGACGGCCGAGAUGCUGCAGCACCUGGAGCGGAUGCGUGCAGAAGAGUUCCUCACGGCAGUUGAGCGGGAUGGCUGGUGUGACAUGCCGCCCUGGGAGGGGAUUCACAUCGUGUCUGACAAAAGCCUCCAGACGGCUCUCACUCACCUGGAGAGGCAGGUCCAACAGGACCCGACACUGGAGUCCAAAAGAACCGGCCAGCUGCUGAAGUGGAUCCGCGAGAGGAUGUCCAGCCAACGUUUGUUCGAUAGCCAAGUGAUGCUGGACAACGACUCUGUGCUGUUCGACAGCCAGGUUGAUCCAGGGACUUGGGCAGCGGGGCGCACGUUGGCUUCACCGGUUGUGCCUGCUGCUAGUUCUACUGCAGUGCACCAGACUGGCCUGAAGCGCAAGAAUGCAUGCCUGGAAUGGGAAGGCGAUUUUCCAGACACCCAGGUAGAGCUGUAUCCGCCGCCUACUAUCGUGAAUAUCAACGAGGACCCAAGCCCAAAACCGAACCCCCGCAAUGAGGUGGCUGAGAAGUCCUCAGAAAAGUCCUUGCAAGAACAGCUAGAAGCCUCCCAGUCGAAGGUGAGUGAGCUGCAGGAACUGAACAGAACUCUGCACUCCAAAGCCGCGGAGUUAGCACAGCAGCUGGUGCAAGUGAUGGAGGAAAAAACAAUCUUCUGGCUGAGAAGCAUGCGAAGAUGA